AAAACUGAAAGCGAUAGAAAUCGAUGUAAAAGAAAGCUAUAAGUUUUCAAGGUGCUGUAGUGAUUAAAAAGGUAUUUUUGCAAAUGGGUUUUAAUUAUAGCGUUUAAUGUAUUGAUUUUAAACUUGAGGACCUAAGCACUGGGUCACUUGGAAUAAUGAGUAAACUAGCAUAUACCACAGCUAACCUAACCGAUAUGCAGUUAAAGGAGCAAGGCAACCAAUUGUUUGUAUUGAGGAAAUAUGAUGAUGCUGUAAGCUGCUAUACUAAAGCGAUUAUGAAAAAUCCAAAUAAUGCCACAUAUUUCACAAACCGAGCGCUAUGCUACUUAAAACUGAAACGAUGGGAACUGUCAUGUCAGGAUUGUCGCCGAGCAUUAGACCUUGAUACAAAUCUACUAAAAGCGCACUUUUUUUUGGGUCAGUGCUUGAUUGAAAUGGAAUUCUAUGACGAGGCAAUAAAACAUUUACAAAGGGCUUUCGAUUUAUCAAAGGAGCAAAAACAGAAUUUCGGAGAUGACAUUACUUCGCAGUUACGCCUAGCCCGUAAAAAGCGAUGGAGUUUGUUAGAAGAAAAACGGAUAUGUCAAGAGAUCGAACUGCAAACUUAUGUAAACAGACUUUUAAAAGAGGAUAUGGACAGGCAUUUGGCUAGAUUAAAGCUUGACGAAAAUAUUAACGAACAUGAAUUAAAAGAGAAGCAACAGGAGAUUGAACAGCAGUGUGAUGAUCACAUUAAAGAGCUAAACAAUAUCUUUGCAAAAGUUGAUGACAGAAGACGGAAACGUGAUGUGCCAGAUUAUCUGUGUGGUAAAAUCAGUUUUGAAAUUCUCACCGAUCCUGUGAUAACACCAUCCGGCAUUACAUAUGAACGUAAAGAUAUUGAGGAGCAUUUGCAACGAGUAGGUCACUUUGAUCCAGUUACUAGAGUUAAAUUAACACAAGACCAACUCAUCCCCAAUUUUUCGAUGAAAGAAGUUGUCGAUUCAUUUAUUGCCGAAAACGAAUGGGCUUUAGACUUCUAAAAAUAAUAAAUAUCUGUAUGUAUUACUCGUACUAUCAGACUAUGGAAAAGAAAACAUAAUUUUAAGUGUAAAAUAAAGAAAUUAAUAUAAAAAGACAUUGAAUUCUC